GACGAAUUGAAACAACCGUCACAAGCAACGAGAACGGCAGAGAUUGAGGGGUCCUGGGCGCUGCGAAACGCAGUCUCCAGUUCUCUUGUGUAGGCACGAUGCUUUGUGAGACAGCGACCGCCUAGCUCCAGCGUUUGCCGUUGUCGGUGCCCCGCAUCCCGGCUUCAGUCUAUCUUAACAAUGCUCUAACCGCAGCCCUAACCCGGCACUUUUGCCUUGCACUUGGGGGAGAACUUGGCAGACCACCUUGCGAUUUGGCAGAGACGAAAGAGAAAAAGGUGUACGUACUUCCUUUAAGAAGUUACUCGAGUCUUUUCGUCCCGCUUGUUGACGGAACAUCUGGGAGGUCGUGCUGUUUAACGUGCCAGCUGCAAAACGUUUGAUUCCAAAGCACCACAAGGCAGGGAGUUGAGGCAUACAAAAGGCCUCCCUCAUGUACUGAUCUUUGCCAAAUAAAAGUUCGCAAAUAGCAGUUUAUAUUCUACGGUCCAUUACUCCCAAUAUCCAUAGGGCUUUUAACAUGCAGACGACCGCUGGGGCAGUCCUACGGCCCUCCUGGCGGGGCAUUAGGAGUCGGUCCGCUGCAGACGUUCUUAAACGUUUGCGCCCCAACUUUGUGUUGCCCGAUCGAGACGCUUUUCUGUGCGGCGUGGCACGAACAAGAGACCUUUGUGGUGGGGUAGGACUGCGUAACAAGGUGACACCAGCAAGAUGCAGGAUGAUGAUGUCAGCAUUGUCUGAUGGUGAGCGGAGGUUGUCCACUUUGACAGCUGUCGGCCGGCCUGGGGUGGUGGAAAAAGUCGAGCAACGGCGGGGCGUGCGCACGCGCAUGGGGCGCGGGCUGCUGGGGGCUGUUGAGGAAGUCAAGAAUCCAAUCAUUGAGAAGGACCUGGAGUUCGAGUCCCCCCUCAACAUCGUCUUGUAUCCGGACCCCCGGUUGCGGGCCAAGAACGCCGCCGUACGAAAGUUCGACGCCAAGUUGGAGGCCCUGUGCAAGGAAAUGUUUGACGUCAUGUACAGAACGGACGGCGUGGGGCUCUCAGCGCCGCAGGUCGGGGUUAACUACCGGGUUAUGGUGUAUAACCCGGAGGGAGUCAAGGGGGAAGGCGUGGAGUACGUGUUAGUGAACCCGAAAAUUGUCAGCAGCUCGAAAAAAGAGGAUGUGUUUAAGGAGGGGUGCCUCUCGUUUCCGGAGAUACAUGCUGACGUCGUGAGGCCAUUGGACGUAAAGGUGCAAGCGCAAAACUUGCAAGGGAAGCGCUUCUCGCUAACGCUCAAGGGAUGGAAGGCGCGCAUCUUCCAACACGAGUAUGACCAUCUAGAGGGGACUCUGUACCACGACCGGAUGACGGAGGAGGUGCGAGAGGAGAUUCGCGAGGAACUGCUUGCUUUGGAAAAGGCGUACUCGGAACGGACGGGGCAGGAGCCUCCCGAGACCGUGCAGAAGGGCUGAGUUCGGCUCCGCUCCAAAAGCUUUGAAGUCAGUCCCAUUGCUAAGACGUUGCAAGAUUGUCUGAUUGAGGAGCCACUGCGGUCCGCAUUGUUGGACGGAAAACCAGGGUUCAGCAAGCAACUGAGAAAUUCACCGACGUGUCAACAAAAUCAUGCGAGCUAGUCGGAGUUGCUUUCUCAUACACGCGUUCUAUGAUAGUGACGCGGUCUUACUUAGUAUACGAGCCUGAGUUUCUGCGAGCCGAAACCACAGAAAUGUGCAUGUCCGAUCGCAGAUUUUAGGAUCCAUAUGUCCGGUCAGCGACCAGAGCUAGUGAGUGACAGAUUCAUGCCCUGCGAGAGGCAGGUAAACCGCAUCAAAUUCGAG